CAUUUUGGUGGAUAGGAUCAUUGAUCAACCAAUUUGAAACUAUAUAAAUAUAUAUAUGCACUUGAUUAAUGAAAAUAAAGAGGUGCAAUUGCAAUAUAAUAGACCAUAUACAUUUUCUUUUUUCAGUGUGAAAUGAGUGAACUAAAGCCAUAUCUAGCAAUGUUUAUAAUACAAUUGAUGUAUUCAGGGCUUACCCUGUUGUCCAAGGCUGCGUUUAACGGGGGAAUGAAUACAUACGUGUUUAUCUUUUAUAGACAACUUACUGGAACCCUUAUUCUGGUCCCUCUGGCCUUGAUACUUGAAAGAAAAAGAGCAGUGCCAGUGCCACUUUCAUUUUGGACCUUCUGCAAGAUUUUUGUGUUUUCAUUUUUUGGAGUGAGUCUGAGUUUAAAUAUACAAGCUAUUGCCCUUGCUUACACGUCUGCCACGUUGGCCGCAGCAAUUGUUAAUUCCCUUCCCGCAUCUACCUUCUUCUUUGCUGUGCUUCUCAGAAUGGAGAAGGUAAAUAUAAGGACGAAAUCUGGAAUUAAAAAGAUAGCAAGUGUAUUACUGUGCCUGCUUGGUGUAGCGACCCUAGCAUUUUACAAGGGACCCCAGUUAAGGACUACGCAUCACGUCUUAUCCAGAUACCACAAUCACCAAAAUCCACACCAUCAAGAUCAUUUUUCAUCUGGCAAAAGAUGGAUAUUGGGUUCUUUACUCUUGUUCUUAAGCGUCAUCAUUUGGAGUUUUUGGCUUACAAUUCAGGCUCAAAUUCUUAAAAGCUACCCUGCAAAACUAAAGUUCACGAGCCUUCAGUGCCUAUCAAGUUCAAUUCAGUCAUUUGGUAUUGCUAUAGCUUUUGAAAGAGAUAUUCAGCAGUGGAAGUUGGGUUGGAACAUGAGACUACUCGCAGUUGUUUACUGUGGGGCACUGGUGACUGGGGUCGCCUACUACUUGCAAACUUGGGUGAUCGAAAAGAGAGGGCCAGUUUUUUCAGCAAUGUGGAGCCCACUCAGUUUUAUAAUUGCUACAACAGGUUCUGUGUUGAUCUUGGGCGAGCCCCUACGUUUGGGAAGCGUUCUGGGAGGGAUUCUGCUUGUUUUAAGUCUCUAUAGUGUUUUGUGGCCAAAAAGCAAAGAAGGAAUGACUCAUCAAACUUCUUUACCCCUUCAAUCAGUUAAAGAAUGUGAAGAGGUCAAAACAUAGAAGCCAGUAGCACGGAAGCACCACAAUAAACACAGCUUUUUUUGUACUGAUUUUUACACUAUAUACAAUCUUUGAUUGCACAUGAACUUAUCUUAAUAUGAAAAGACGUUGCUAAAGAAUGUGAUUGAGCCUUAUGUCUUCAAUUACUCAACAGGGGAAAAAAAGAUAUCCCAAGAUACAUUUAUAUGUAUGUAAAGGUCCUUCAACCUUUUACAUGCUGAAGUAAGAUAAUUAUAAAAUCCCUGUGUG